AUGCACAAACAAAACGCAAAACAACACCAGCCCACCGCCGCUUUUCGCCUGAGGUGUUUGGUGGGAGCUGCUCAGUGGGACACGGGAGCAUUUUGGGUGCUCCACAACUACAUGCUGUGGCGCAUCGUGGCGGCCCUGAGCGAGCACUUGUCCACAGCCUUCAGAAGCACCAUCCACGAGUUUUCGCGGGAGAUCGACGGCACGGAGCAGCAGCUGGAGCUCGGCCGCCUCUGCCUCACUCAGGCCAACAAACACUUCGGCAUGGCCCUGGGAGCGCUCUUUGUCCAGCAGCACUUCUCCUCCCAGAGCAAAGCCAAGGUACAGGAGCUGGUGGAGGACAUAAAGCACUCAUUGGACCUGCGUCUCAAUGAGCUGGACUGGAUGGAUGAAGCCACCAAAGACGCUGCCAGAGCCAAGCUCAAACACAUGAUGGUGAUGACCGGAUACCCAGACUUCCUGCUCAAGCCUGAACUCAUAGAUCAAGAAUAUGGGUUUGACGUGGACGAGAAAACCUACUUCAAAAACAUCCUGAACAGCAUCAAGUUCAACAUCAAGUUAUCAGUGAAGAAGAUCCACGAAGAGGUCGACAAAACCAUGUGGCUGCUCCCUCCUCAGGCCCUUAAUGCCUACUACCUCCCGAACAAGAACCAAAUGGCCCGCAACAAUAGUUAUGCUCUCACCUCACUCUAUAACUACACAGACACCAGAAUAUAUGAGACUUAA